AUGAUUCCUCGCACAGCUUCCCGGGCGCUCUUUGCCUCCACACGCUCAGCUGCCCGCUCUUCAAUUCCCCGGGCUACUGCUAUCCGCCCCGUCGCGUCGCAGUUCGCCCGCUCCUUCCAGUCCUCCCCAACAAUCCGCAAGGGAAUUCACCCAGAGUCAUCGGACCCUCCGGCCCCUCACCCACAGUCUGCACCUGUGGCUGGAGCUGCAACUCAUAUUACUGAGCCGUCGCCAUUGACACCUGAGGAGUACUACGAGUAUUCAGAGCACUACUUCAACGUUCUGCUGGCUCACCUCGAGACAGCGCAGGAGGAGGGCGCUGAUAUUGAAGGAGAAUACAGUGCUGGCGUCCUUAACGUUUCUGUCGGCGCAAUUGGUACCUACGUGCUCAACAAGCAACCACCCAACAAGCAGAUCUGGCUCAGCUCGCCCAUCUCCGGGCCGAAGCGGUUCGAUUGGAUCGUCCAGGGUGAUUCUAUGCAUGAGAAGCAGGACUCCAGGCCCUUUGUCAAUGGGCAGUGGAUCUACCUGCGUGAUGGAACCAACUUGACUGAUCUGUUGAACUCGGAGAUGACUUUGAGUUUGCCCCAGGAUAUCUACAGCGAGGUUUUGGAGUAG